AUGAUUCCUGGAAUUGAUUCUCCCCCUCACUCAGCAGCCAGUUCGAUGGGAAGAGCACAAUCAUAUUUGCAGAACCAGCAAUCUCAUGGCCAUGGCAAUCAUAACUAUGCUGCGCUUAAGAGUGAUUUUAUUUCUCUUUCAAAGAUCGAAACAUUUUAUGGGAUGGUUGAGAGCAGCGCAGAUGCACUCCGGAUUUUCCAAUUGUGCAGAGAAGGCCGUCUUGGCCGUGUGCGAAGACGGCUUCAUGAUCACGAGCGCAAGCAAAUUCGAAGCGGAAGUGUUUUUGUCUUCAAUGAAACAGAGUCGGGCAUCAAGCGCUGGACCGAUGGUCGGCUUUGGUCUCCUUCCCGCAUUUUUGGUGACUUUUUAAUUUAUCGCGAACUUGAGAAAAAAUAUGCUCGCCGUACCAGUAUCGUCGAUACUAGCACCAAUUGUCACACAUCAAAAACGAAGAAUAGCGAUUCCCUAAUCUCCGGUAGUAGUAAUGGGUUUCCCUCAAAGCCCACAUUUGUCACCUCUUAUCAUUUAAUAUCAUCAUCAUCAUCAUCAUCAUCUUCUUCUUCUUCUUCUUCUUC